AUGUCGGAUGACGAGGAGGCCCGGCUCUUUCAGAUCCAGGAGCGCGUUCCGCUUUGGGUGUCCGAAUGCCUCCCCAUGGUAUCCAGGCCUUCGAGUGCUAUUGUACCCUUGGCUGCAAUGGAGGUGGAGGCACAGGAGCUCACGGGGGCGCUGGAAUCGGUGCCAGACGCAGGAGAUGCAAGCUUGGCUUCGGCACGGCCGCCAUCCAUGUCUCCGCCGAUGUACCAGAAGUCGCCGCCGGUUCCAGUACUUUGGCACAUCUCGCCGGAAAACUUCCAGCGGCGCGUGUCGCGAUUGGACACGAGACAGCUGGUAUUAGCUCUCCGCUAUGCAGCUGCUGACGGUGCGGGCUUGUUGGCUGGUGGCAGCAGCAGCAGCGACCCUGCUGCGCAGAGGGCACUCACUUCAGCGACCGGACAGCUGCCGCGGCGGCACCGAAGCCGAAGCCGCGCACAGCAGUUCGUUGGUGCCCUGCUGGAGGAGCUCGUGGAGAGGGUUCCAAGUUUGAGGCCAGCGCAGGCUUGCUCCGCCGUGAAGAGCAUCGCCUCGCUCAAAGCGCUCGCGGGCGCGCCGCUUGCAUCCUCAGCGCUGGAAGCGCUCGCGUCGGGCCCGCUCGCUGGGUGGAAGAUCGCCACGACUUUGAGACCUUGUGACGUGGCGCUGUUGCUGCAGGGCUGGUCGCAGCUUGUCGCGGACGAAGGCUCAGAGGCCCUCACCGAAGCAGCUCGGGGCCUGCUCCGGGGCGGCGCGGCGCCGAGGCUGCUGGCGCUCUCCAGCUGUGCCCUGCAGGAGGCCGGGGCGCCCCCACCGACGCUCGGGUCGAUGUGCGCUGGUGCCGCGCAGUUGGCCAUCUGGCAGCGCUCGGAAGGCAAUGGCAGUCUCAACGCGGAGAUGCGCCGAAGGCUCCAGCAGUUCCUCAUCGCGGGUGCGCAAGCCGCGCGGGACGGGCCCUUCCAAACACCGCCCGGACUGAGGCUGCCGCUGUCCGUGCUUCGAGCUGCAGGGGACGCCGGCAUGUGGAAUUCAGAAGCCUUCUCCAUGCUUGCGCCGAUGGUCACCGUGCUCAUCCUGGGCCCAGCAGUGAAGACCCGGCCUCCGCACCACCUGCGCGACUGGGUGCCGCGGCUUCCUCGGCCCGGCUUCGUCCGAGGCGCCUGGCGGCCCGAGGAGCUCGCAGAGGCGGCCUUCCUCUUUGCGAGGAGCAGUCCGCUGGAAGGGAACGUGGCUGCGGCACUUUCGCUCACACUGCUCGCGCAUGUGUCGGUCCUGAAGGAAGCCCUGCUCGCAGGAGAAAGCCAGCACCGCCCAGCGCUGGAGGAGGUCGAUCGGCGUGUCCUUUGUUUUGCCGAGCAUUCCGUGGAGAUUUUGCGGCGCGCGGCCCGAGAGCCCUUCUUCGAGCCCUGGCGACCCCCAAAGAAGGGCCCAGGCUUCGAGCCGACUCCUUCCGUCGAGCGGUUCGAGCCGGAGGUGCUGGAGGACGAGCGCAUGUGUGUGCAGAUCGUAUGGAGGUGGCGGAAGUUGUCGCACGCAGCAGCCCUGGCAACCGACCAGGGACGCCAAGGUGCUAGACGCCGGAGUGCAGAAGUUGCUGAGGUCAAUGAGGCUCUGGACGAAGAGAGGCUUCUGCGGAGCUCUUUGCUGGCGACUGCCGCGCUUGCCGUGUUUCGAGGGCUGGGAGGUGCUGCCGGUGCUGCCUCCAGAUCCGAGCUGUUGCAGACGCUGACUUUGAGGCUAGCACCUUCAGGCUCUCCAGCGCGGGGUACUGUGAGGAGCUGGCUUCGGAGGCUGCGGCUCUGUCGAGCCCGAGAGGCUGUGCUGCCAGAUGAUCGACUGGCAUCCAAGAAAAAGUGCUUGGAGUUGCCGCAACCAGAAGUUCAUGAUGCUCGUGAUGAUGCAAUGAAGAUGGAUUUACGAAUGACCGCGCCCCUACGAAGAAUGCGAGCGUUGGCAAUGGCACGUGCUCCUGCAAAAGCUGUUUGGUUCAACAUGCGAACUGUGGACAUCCGGGAGGUUCGUUUUGCCAAGCACAUUGCCCGUGGUUCCUGCAACGUCAGCUCCAGGCUUACCCAAACACAACACUGGGCGUUGGCAAAGCGCCGCAGGGCCUUGUAUGGCUGCGACUGCAGCAGCCCUGUCCGCUGCUGCGACUCGACGUACCAGGUGUUCUCGCGUCGUUCGGUCCGCAUUAAGUACGGCGCUCGGAAGGCCUCACCACCACCCAUGACCAUCAGCUGUCAUAUGCCGGCAUCGUGCAGUGACAACCCCUGGGAAGAUGUCAAUAAGCGCACCAGAACGAAGGGCAAGACCCAGGGUGGCGCACCGUGGUUCGCGCCCGGUUGGGGUGAGGAGGGCGAUGAGGACGAAGAGGAGGAGCUGGAGCGCAAGAAGCCCGUGGAGGAGUCCGUGUACUGUUGCUGGGUCAUGCCAAAGAAGAAGGCAGCAGAAUUCCUGAAGGCCGGACCCGAUACACUUCGAGUAGGGAGGUGGCUCGCCCUGUGUGACUCUCCGUCUUAUCCAGUACUUGGCGAUCAGUAA